AUGCCUGACUACUCUGUUAUCGAGACGACUCUGGCUUCUAUAGCCGCGAGCUCAAAGACCAUCGAUCUCCUUCGCAAUCUUCACAAGCAAGCUCUCGAUGAGCCAGCCUACGUCAGCACAGAUGGUCCAGCAUCUACCGCUCUUGACAAGUUCGUCGCUCUUGAUCCUGACAAGUGCGCCUUCGUCUAUCUCCUGCUGCGUUCCAUGAAGGCCCGCUUCGUCGUUGAAGCAGGAACAUCCUUUGGCCUCAGCACUAUCUAUCUAGCUCUGGCAGUUGCGCAGAACUCUGGUUCGCAGCCAGGCAAGGUCAUUGCUACAGAGAACGAACCCACCAAGGCUGCUCGGGCUCGCGAGUAUUGGAGUCAAGCGGGGGAUGGUAUUGAGAAGUUUAUUGAAUUACGAGAGGGAGACUUGCGUGAGACGCUCAAGACGGACUUGCCGGAGGAAGUAGAUUUCUUGCUUCUCGACAGUAAAUUCUUAUCUGCUGAAAGUUUCUAUUUGAAAAACGUUACUGAUCGAGUUGUAGUCUGGACCCCGCUGGCUCUGCCUACGCUUAAGCUUGUGAAGCCUCGCAUGAAGCCAGGUGCUACAGUCGUGGUAGAUAACACGGAGGCUGCCAAGUCGGGCUAUAAGGAUCUCAUGGCUUACUUGAACGACUCUGCGAAUGGCUUCAAGCUUUCGACGAUUCCAUAUUCUGGGGGUCUCCUAAUGGCUGUCUAUGUUGGGAACUAG